CGCUUCUUCGAUGGUUUGAAUCAUAUUUACUUAAUCGGUCACAGUACGUUUAACAUGUGUUGAACAUUUGCGACAGUGGACAACUGGAAAGAGGAAGUGCCUAAAGUUUGGUGUACCAAUGGUUUGUAGAGAACCGCGAAACCAUCAUGACGACUGCUAUUUUUGUCUCGUUAAUAUUAAAGGCAUAAAUAGAAACAAUAGAGACAAAUGGACAUAUACUGAUCUAGAUUCUGCAAGAAGGCCUGUAGUGCAUUCGGAAGAAAUACCCGUUCCAUCAUUUAGCAGUCUACCCGAACUGACAGAAGAUGAUACAGAAACAUCAACGUCUGACGAAGUUAAAAGAAUUCAAUCAGAAAACGACAGCGAUUUUGAAGCAGAUUUAGCAACUCCGCAGUGUUUCAAUCAAGAAGAACUAAACGAUCUUAUAAGAGACCUGAAUCUCUCAAAGGAAUCCGCUGAAUUACUUGCAUCCAGAUUAAAAGAAAAAAAUCUACUUUGUCGAGGUUUUUAUGUGAUUAGUGACUUAUGUAAUUAUGUAAAUUAAGUUUUUGCA